ACUAUACGACCCUGUCCAUCAUCGUCCCUUCACUGCCUCCAUUCUUCUCAAAAAAGUUGCCUCACUUCUCUUCUUCUGCAUCUGCCCUACACGCUCUCCGACCUCCGCUGUCUUCUCUAAUGGCGUCUUCUCCCUCUUCAGGUCAUCUCUCCCUUGCCUUUCAUUAUUUUCCAUUGUUUAAUCGCUUCUUCCUUCUCACUUUUCAGAUCCUUUCUGUACCUAACCGCUUUUUUGGUGUACAGCGAUGUACCCUUUUGACCCUGCCUUCACCGGAGAUCUGCAACAUUUCAAGGAUCUGUUGUAUGACCCUCGGAUGAAAGAAGGUAUGACGAAAAAUUAUCUGAUUCGGAUGGUGGAUUUUGACGGUCUAACUGCUUUACACUAUGCGGCCAUGGGAGGAAGAACUGAGAUCUGCAAGUUUCUUGUGGAGGAAGUAAAACUCAACGUAGAUCUGAAGGAUCUGAGGAAUGGUCGGACUCCCCUGCAUCAUGCUGUUUUGACGGAGCGUAUUCCCACGGCUGCUUAUCUUCUUGAGAAUGGUGCAAAUCCGAAUGCUGGAACUAAGUAUAAAGGACGUACGGCAUUGCAUUAUGCUGCAGAUAAAGGACCUAAGGAACUGAUAGAGCUCUUACUAUCGAAAGGUGCGGAUAUCGAUGCCAUGGCUGAUUGUGGCACACCAUUGCAAUAUGCAGCAACUAGGCGCAAGAAGGAUUCUGUAAAGGUUCUGUUGGAUAACCAUGCUGGUCCUAAUGUGGUUUCGCAUAAUUUAUCUUCCCCAUUGCUGGCAUCUAUCCAUGGUCUGUCAGUUGAAUAUGCUCCAUCAUUUGAAUGCAUAAAAUUGUUGCUUAAGGCUGGAGCAGAUCCAAACUUUCGUGGCUUGAGAGGAACUCCAUUAGGAUUUGCAGCUUCAGAAGGGGAGACAGAAGUUAUUUUAUACCUGUUGAAUGCUGGAGCUAAUCCAAAUAUUAUUGAUAAUUUAGGGAUGAAACCAGUUGAAGUUGCAGCUCUAAGAGGUAAUCGUAAGGGUGUCAUGACUCUUUUUCCAGUGACUUCUCCCAUUCCAACCAUCUCAGAUUGGAGCGUUGAUGGACUGUUGGAGUAUGUUCAUUCUGAUGAGGCUAUAAAAGAGAGGAAGGAGAAAAAAAAGGAGCAAUUUUUGUUUUCAAAAUCAAAGGGAGCCGAGGCUUUCAACAUAAAGGAUUACUUUGGGGCAAUGCAGUGGUACACCGAGGCAAUCAAUUUUGAACCUACAGAUGCUUCCGUAUGGUCCAACCGAAGCUUGUGCUGGGCACACAUGGAUGAUGGGGAUUCUGCAUUGUUAGAUGCUGAAGAGUGCAUCAAGCUGAAGCCUAAUUGGCCAAAGGGAUAUUACAGGGCGGGUGCUGCAGAGAUGCUGUUGGAAGGCUUUGUGAGUGCUGCCGAUACCUUUUAUCGUGGUUGGAAGUUGAAUCGUAAGAACAAGGAGCUUGAGCGUGCUUUUCGGGAAGCUAUCAAAGCCCAAAAGAAGAAGCUGCUUUCGAUCCCCGAUAUUUGAAACUGCAUAACUCAUGCUCUUGGCUGAUUGGCACCGACAGCACCACCCUAUAUGCAAUCUGUUGAAUGGAAACUUGCAUGCCUAGAAUUAUAACUUAGUUUCUAAAUAUUGAGGACAUUUUGUUAUUCUCCUGUUGGUAUUUUGCUUAAUAUUCUGCGAUUUGCCAGUAUGUUUCACUGUUACAUGUAUAUGGUUCAUGUCACUUGUACUGGCUCUGGUUCUAGGAAAUCUUCUCUAUACUGUGUGGAGAUCUUUCUUUUGGUUAUUUGUCUUGUAUUUGCACUAAAUUUUAUUAGAUGGG